AACCGUAGUUCAGUUCCGAUUCGACAGUCGGCAGCUGAGCAUCGCCUGAGCUCUCCCCAUCUUCUGCUGUCUCUAGACCGAGACUUUGCUUCGCGCUGAAGUUGUUUGACUUGUUUUUUGCUUUCGGUGUGUGAUGUGCAUCCUAAAUCUAUAUAUUCAUGUUGUUUCAAUUUGCUUUGACCUCAUCACCAUUCGUCGUCGCCGUCGUUGUGUUUUUGUGGUGUGACCGGGAAUGAAGGAAGAUAUUGUCUUUGAAUACAGUGCAUUCACAGAGUGAGUGAAGGAGAGAGAACCAAAUAACAUAAAACGGAUUUAUUUAUAGGUUUUGAUUUGCAUGGCCUACUGUUACUCUCGUGUGUAAUCGAUACAAAGCGGCUCCGUCAAAAUCGAUCCAAGUGAGCCUUGGGGUUAUGGGGCACUGAAUGAAAGGUGUGUCAAAAAGUGACAAGUUUCACAUUUUCGAGAGGGCGAAAGGUUACGUCGAAAAGGGUGGGAGUGCCCUUUCAUGAUCGUAGAUUGAUGAUUGCGGCGAAAGUGGACAGCCGUCGGUGACAAGGAAGAAAGUGUCGCACUGCGGCGAACUCCGGAAUUUGAAUUGGCACGAGAGGAAAGUGUGCAACACAUAGAUAUUAAGUGCACUACGCUGCGGAUGUUUUUCGAUUUCACCAACGCUAGUAGGAAUUUUUCCGGCGGUGGUUCCUUGGAUGCAAUCUGUUUGAAAUAAAUUUUAUGCAGGGCAAUCCAAGCAACCGACAUCGCGUUCAAAGUGUCUCCGAAGAUAGUUUCGCUCUCUGCGUUCUGUUCGGGCUGAGGGAGGAAGACAGCGAAGAACAGCCGCCUAAACUAUUCACGAAACGGUUAGAGAGGAAAGACAGGCAUCCGGUCACGAAAGUUGAAGAACCUGACCAAAAUAACCUAGGCCGAGUCGAGUGCGAAGGAAAACUUUUCAACACACAUAUGCGUAUUGACGCCCACUACGGAGUUUGGGACACGUUGUUUACGAACAAGUCUGGAAGAAAACGCAAGUGAAGAAUAAUUACCUUAAAAACAGUCGUUUGUUUAGAUUUCAACACCGGGUUGCUGUGUUGUAACGAAGCGCGUGUGAAGAACAUUCGUAGCCAGCAAGUCGAGACGUUGAACUUCCGAUCGAAGAGUGCGUGACAACUGUAGUCGAAGUCUCAGUCGCCGCCGCCAAACGCUUGCUUUGAUUUGACCGUCGAUUCGUCAAAUAUGGCCGCCGUCGAAAAGUAUCCAUUAGAAUCGGACACAAGUGUUAAGGAAAGUGACCACUUUUGGGACGAAAACUAAACUAAGAGCGAAAGGUGCGGAAAAGUGAAAACUGAGCUUCCAGAUCAGGAUACCUUCCAAAUAGCUGAGUUUUGCGGUUCUUCCUCCAGAUACCAAUAAAUAUCUAGAACAUGCCACCUUGGAUCGAGUCCAUGGAGCAGCGCCGUAGAAGAUCCACGCGGAACCUGCCCGAGAGCAGUAGCAGUAGCGGUAGCUGGUCCGUCCGAUCAGUCAUGUACAGUAGUAGUGGCGCUAGUGGUAGCAGCGGUAGUUUUAGCAAUAGUUUCUCAAUAAGUCCAGUAGCUGUAAGUUCGACGCCGGUAUCUAGGCUAAGAUGGAUGUUCGGCGCGUUGACCUUGUUGACAGUAUUAUCCAGGGCGGAAGCGGUGUGUGAUCCAGAUCGGUGGUGGAAUCUGGAACGGGAAGAGUGCGACCCGUGUACGGUGUGUGGUGAGCAGCAGCUGGUCCUGAGGCCGUGUCAGGAAUACAUGGACACGGUCUGCGGGACGAUCGGGGAUCUGGAUAUGGAUCUGGCGCAGUUGGCGCGUACCGAAGCACGCCACGAGCAGCGCCACUGGAAGGAGGAACGCCGGAAAGACGGUUCCGACGGGCCCCAGCAGCAUCGGUCGCAUCAGCACCACGCCAACCAGCAACACCCACAUCCGGGCACGGCCAGAAAGCACGAGAACACCGAAGAAAUCCUGUGGGACUGGCAGGCGGCCUCGCUGCUGCUGGCCAUCAUCGGAUGUCUGAUGUUCUUCUUCGCCGCGGCCAUCAUUGCGCUGAACCAGACGCGCCAGUGGAAGCGAAUCGAGAAACAUUUUGACGCGGACAUGGAGGCCCUGUCGGCGCAGCUGAUGAACCAUCUGUCCAGCAUGCAGCAGCUCGAGAACGGAUCGAUCUUCCUGGAUGACGUUCUUGGAGGUGAUCAGCGACGGUUCCACCGGGGAGGAGGAGAACGCAGUGGAGACAGUGUGAGUAGCACUAGCGCUCUGCUCGGAGGCCACCACCAUCAUCACCAUCACCAUCCGAUCGAGGUGCGAUGUGUCUACUUGGAUCAGUUGCUAGACGGCAAGAAUUGCAUCCAAAGUCAGGGCCCGGGCAAUUUGUACAUCGAAGAGACAAACAACACCCCAAACGUGGACCGUGGAACGACAGCCGCAGCAGUUUCCCAACCGCCAGCGUGUCAUUUCCCUAACGGUGGUUCUCCACUGAAUCGAGUUCGAUUGUAUUGAGUGAAGUCAAUACAAACUGAUCCUUAAAAAGUUAGUUCUUAGCAGCGCACACAUCACCACAAUGACUCAAAUGAUAGUAUUGCAUCAACUACCUGUCGAAGUGUAACGUCGAAACAGAGAAACGUAUUUUCCUUUCGUUUUAUUUUCUGAUGAAAUCUUAGAUUUUAGAAAAAUAGAGUAUCAAUUGAAAAUGUACAGCCGUCUGUGUAGCAAUUAGAUAAAGUGCCUUGUUUCAAAGGGAACACUAACCACAGUUUUAAUAAGAGAACACUAUUAUCACAGCACUAAAACCUUACGAGCGUGUAGCCACAUGGUGUAGGACUUUUUGCGCAAAUCGCUUUAAGUGUGUAAAUAUAUUUUUGUAGAGGAGUUUUUCGGCUGCACUGCCGUAACAAAUAACAACAGUAGGCAAAACAGCACAAUAUUAAUUCUAUAACGCUGGUAGCUAGUAGCAACGCAAAAUGGAACUUAAAACAAAUAGAAACGCACAUACAGAGGGAGCCUGCUUGAAUCCCGUGUGCAUUUAUCGAUUGUAAUAAAUUCUUGCUUCCGAAUCCGAAA